UAAAGAUUCUUUAUCUGUGCGCAGUUGUCCCGGCCGCUAGUCUACUAGCGCCGCCGACAUAGUACGGCGGCAAAAAGAAUUUCAUUUUAGCACAGAAAAAGGAAUUGACGGUUUUUUGGAAGAUAAAUUAUAUUUUUAACACUAAAAAUGGAUGAAGAAGGAGAAAAUAUUUUGCUUGAAGAAAAUUACUACCAAUUACUAAAUGUUUCCAAGACGGCAUCUCUUGAGGAAAUUAACAGCGCCUACCGCAGAUUCUCGCGCAUGUUCCACCCUGACAAACAUAGUACAGAUCCUAAUAAACAAAAGUGGGCCGAACAAAUAUUCAACAAAGUGAAGGAAGCCUAUGAAGUCCUCUCAGAUUCGCACAAAAGAGCCAUCUACGAUACUUUAGGCAAGCGUGGACUUGAAGUUGAAGGAUGGGAAGUGAUCUUCCGUACGAGAACACCCAGAGAAAUUAGAGAAGAGUAUGAAAGGUUAAAGCGUGAGAGAGAAGAGCGAAGACUACAGCAGAGUGCGAAUCCUAGAGGCAGUAUAACACUUUCUAUCAAUGCAACAGAUUUGUUCAUGAAAUACUAUGAUGAAUAUGAUAUUAUAGAGGAGAGCCCCAUUAUACCAAGUAUUGAAGUGUCCGGAAUGACUAUACAGCAAUCGAUCGAUGCGCCGGUCACCCUUAGGAAUACAAUGACAUUGUCAGGAAACAUAUCAACACAGAAUGGGAUAGGAACUGGUUCAAUAAAUAUGAGCAACAGGCAUCUCAGUUCCGAGAAGGGUUGGACUGAAGUGGAGUUUGGUAUCGGAAAUGGGCCCCUGCUUGGAUGUAAAAUAUUUCGCACACUUUCACGGCUGAUGUUCUUGAAUUGUGGCACUGUAUUGCAGUUCACGCCUAGAGGCGUCUCGCCCAGUUUUGUGUCAACACUUGCCCUCCAAUUAGACGCGCACUCGGUGGGCUACCUGACUUGUAGGGCCGGCGCGCAAGGCUCCUCCAUGACGUCUAUAUACGUCCGUGACUCUGAGAAAUACCACACUAACACCGCCAUACAGAUCGGCAACCCUCACUCGUUCAUAUCAUUUAACAUGAUGCGGAAACUGCCACAACACGACAUGAAAUUGAGGCUAGCUGUCAAAUUUGGAACAUUCGGUGCCAUAGCAGAAUACGGUGCGGAGAAAAAAGUGUCGCAGAAUAGCAGCGUGUCGGCUGCUGUCAUGCUGGGCGUGCCCAGCGGAGUAAUGCUCAAAUUAAAAUGGACGUGUUCGACUCAAACUAUAGUUGUGCCAAUCCAUCUGUGCGAGGAGGUGAUGCCUUCGCCAGUAUUCUACGCGACGGUGGUGCCUCUGGUGUCAUGGUUGGUACUCAAAAAGCUAAUCCUGGACCCGAUAGCCAGGGAACGACAGGAGAGAGACCGGCAGAGAUCAAUGGAGGCUAAUUAUGAGAGGUUACAGGAGAUGCAGCGUCAGGCUAGGGCAACUGUGGAACUGAUGAGGGAAACAUACUCAAGGAUCAGAUCGGAGGAGGAGAAGAAAAAGGGUCUCGUCAUAUUAAAGGCGCUGUACGGGAAACUGCCGGCUGACGCUUCAAGCCACGAGAUUGCAGAGCAGACAGGCGACGGUGUGUCCCCCGAGUCGCCCAAUGCCUAUAGCGAAGUCAUAGACGUCACAAUACCCAUACAAUGUCUGGUCAAGGAUACCCGGCUAGAGCUGCUGGAAGCGAGCAAGUCUGAGCUGCCGGGCUUCUACGAUCCAUGCGUGGGCGACGACAAACACCUAACCAUCCAGUACAUGUUCCACAACAUGCUGCACUGCUGCACCGUAUCAGACAAAGAGGCCAUCGUUCUCCCUCGUAAUAACCACAGAGUCAAGAAUAGAUCCUGAAAAUUAAAGUUUCGACGCAAUCAUAGCGUUCAUGGCCCGAUGACAGAUACUAUUCACAAGGCUUAGAUGACGAUAUUAAAAUCCAGAAAAUUAUACAAGGCUUCGAAGAGGGCAGCUAUGAACAUUCCAUUACCGAGGACAGACAUGCAUUUCGUUAUCCGAGCAAGUGUCGUGCGGUGUGCGUAUAAAUAUGUUUUGAUGUGAUUUAUUUCGGUAAUUAUGUCUGUAAACAAAUGAUACGUAUCGUCACCUUAAGGUUUGUUAAAUCCAAGUUUCUUGCUUAUAAGUACACAGCAUAUCGAAAAUAAUCGGAUUUCGUCGCAAUACAUAGAUAAUAAUUAACACACAAAACAAUUAGAUGCGUCAACUGUUCGGCCACUGCUUUAAAUGUAAAGUAACACGCCUUCAGACAACACCCCAUGGCAAAAUACACAGUGGACAAUUUUGAAUUGUAAUACGUAAAGACACAAUAAUUUUGCUCCAAUUUGGCCUUUGCCUGAUAUCAUUGUAGCCAUAGUUAGUACUUGUACUUAGAAUUAGUUUCCCGAUAUAUAAAUACAUUUAUUCACGUUUUGUCACCCUUUUCAUGGCAUGAAAUAAUUAAGGAAUGACAUAAAUGCAACGACUUUAAAUAUAUUUAUAAGUAAGGGAAAGAUGUUCACGCCAUUGUUACUUUGAGUUUAAGUACCAUAAAUGGCAUCAUUAACCUUUGGAAACAUAGUUUUUAUACGACCGCGGCAGUUCACGCACUUCAGCAAUUCUAUUGUGAAUUAAACAUAAUGUUACCACCAUUUAUUUGGGUAUCAGUUUUAAAUUUAUCCAUCAAGUACUAAUGUGUUGUCAAAAAUAUGUUGUAUUCCAACAUUUAAAUCAUUGGCUCAUGCAAUAAUUGAUCCCAAUACAACAGCGGAAUGUUACAUUGUUUAGUAUUGUUAUUCAGCAAAAAGUAACAUUGUUGCGUGGACACUCAUGAGAUUCCUAGAACCACAAAUUGCUUCCAUAUUAAAUAAUAUACUUUGAUAGAUUGCGUAGAAUAUAUUUCUUUCGCAUUCUUUACAUCACAGUGCCUCGAACAAUCACAAAACCAAUAAUAGUUGUACUCAGUCCGUUCGGUAUUUUAUAACACGUUAUACCAUAAUAUAUUCAUUAUAUUAACCAAAGAAAAUGCAUAUUACAUAUAUUUUUAGACAUAUAAUAUAAUGAGUCAAUAUAUUUUCGCACGAAUAAUAGCGUAGACGGAUCGGAGGAGGAAGGCGCAAUUAUAACUCUUAUCUGAACAUGAGAUGAGAUCGUUUAGAGCGCGAUUGUAAAGUGAUGAACACGCGAACGGAGUGGAAGGAACAAUUAAAUCGCACCACUUGUGGAAAAAAACUGGAACGGUGCGGACGGCCGCGGCGCAGCGUCUGUGGACUAAUGGCGUCGUAAAUGCGAUAAGCACCGGGCGAAACAGCGGGACGGCAACGCACUCCGACCCUACACUUAUAAUGUAACGAUAUGGUACAAACAUUGGAAUCUGGAAUACUUUGUGUUAUGUAGUCAUAAGAUACCUUUCAGUUACAUUGUAGUGGUUGUUGGUGAAAGGUUUCGUCCAUUUGGCAGUAAGACAUCGCCUCAUAAGUAUGUUUUUGCUUUAUGGGGCUUAAAAUUUAGCCCAAAGAUGGUUGACAUUUACACAAAUUAUUUUCACUAAUGCAAAAUAUUCUGGGUUAUCAAAUGUCCGCUACCCGUAGACACGUGUAUUGUCAAUUAUAAGCAACGUAAAGUGUAGUGUCCUUUGUAGCCAAAUGAUAAUUUCCAUUAUUUUAUUGACCAGUUCGUGUAAAUAAGCACCACAAUUUUAGAAAUAAUAAUAUUUGUCUCGUCUCCGCUGUUCGUUGCAUUAUAUUUAUCGAUGGUGGAUAAUUUACUUCAUACUGUGUGUAGUAGGUGAGUCAUAACCAAUGAAUGACGUCAGCAGACAUACUUUUCCGUUAGGAAAAUAUGAAGAUCUUUUAAUUGUUGCGUUAUGAUUAUUUUGACAAUGUUAGCCAUAACUUAUUGAUGACGCGUUAUUUUCCUUUAUUUAUUGUUUAUGACUGAUAAUACAUCCAGAGACUUGCAAAUAAAUACUUUUGAUUAAAUUAAAGGAAUUUUCUUUGUUUUAAAAACUUCUACGGAUAGAAACAUGUUAAAUAUUUUUAACGUCCGUUAUGUUUUAUCAUUAUCUUAUAUAUAUCUAUGCUUUAUUUUACUAUUAUAAAUAUUCUAUACAUGUGCCUGAUAAUUGUUUCCUUAAAUACCUACGAAACGCCGUCUGGUACAUAUAAAUUUUUAUAUUUGUAAUUAAUUUAUUUGUAACUUUUUACGUUUUAGUCUUUUGAAAUAUCCACGUAAACUACUUGAAGAAUUUUGGAAUGUUAACAACUAAUACUAUAUUUUAUGAAGCAAUUUUUUAUGCGUCUCGUACGUUCUAAGGAAAUCGAUGAUUAAAUUGUUUGUUUAUGAACAGGUUAUAACAUGUCGGGCAAUCAUCUAGACGCCAAGUUUUACAAAUAUUUGUAAUGUAAUACAGAGAAUAUAAUUAUUAUACAGCAAUGAAUGUAUUGUAAUAGAAAAUAUAUAUAUUUAUAGUAUGUAAUGAUACUUCAUAUAAAUAUAUAUUAUUUAUAUAUUAUACAAUUUUGUGUGUGUAGUACACUGAGCGCAUGCUCAAUAGGAAAGCUAUGUGCCAUUAAUUUUCUGGAUUUUGUACGAUCAGGUGACUCGGUGUUGAUGGUUUAUUAUAUAUUAUUUUUGCUUUGUCCAACGAGUGCAUGUAUCGGGUAUGUUAAUUUACUGAGCGUGGUUUCGACGUGUUUCUUUGUGUAUAAAUUCUGUAUAAGUUUAAAAAUUCACAAUAUUUAUCAGUUCGUUAGAUACUCUAUCAUGUAUGAUGAAUAUUAGUUAUAUUGUAGUGAAAUUUAAAUAUUAGAUUUGUUGAUGCUACAUGUUUCCUUUGUUACCGAAAUGCCUUAAGAAUAUAUUAUGUACUUUGAAUUAAACCAUGAUAUUGUUAAACAUA